CUGGCCCCAGCCGUAUCGCGAAUUUCAAUGCCAGAGUAUUCGAGUCUGAACCUGAUUAAGAGGCGGAGAUGGUGAUGGAUGAGUUCCUUGGCAUCGGUUCUCUCUACGGCGGUCGCCGUAAUUCCUCAACGAGAGAUAAGCGAGGCCUAAGUGACAGGGUGGCAGGAGAGUUCCCCGUCCUGAUUUCUGCGAUUUCAGGCCGGUUUCGUCGCAGGCAGGAUAAAUGA